AUGCCUUUCGAUGCACGAGAGGCGACCAUCGACUCGGUACACCAUGCGCUCUACUCCGGACUCUCAACAUGCCGCGAGGUGGUAUCUUCUUUUCUCUCCAAUAUCGAAGCUAACAACGACCGAACAAACGCAAUCAUCACAUUGAACCCAAAUGCCUUGGAUAUCGCCGACGACCUGGAUGAGCAGCUUUCGACAGGAAAUGCUACUGGUCCUCUCUUCUGCGUUCCGAUACUGCUCAAAGACAAUUACGAUACAGCGGAUAUGCCAACGACUGGUGGAAAUCUGGCUUUGGCACAGUCUCAGCCAACUUCGGAUGCUCCAAGCGUUGCUGCUUUCAAGAAGGCAGGAGCCAUCAUCCUAGGCAAGGCUAAUCUACAUGAGCUUGCUCUAGAAGGCAUCAGCGUAUCUUCCCUAGGCGGUCAGACUAUCAACCCAUACGACUCCACACGAACACCAGGUGGAAGUUCGGGUGGAACAGGUGCUGCUGUCGCCUCGUCAUUCUGCGUAUUUGGCACCGGGACGGAUACAGUAAAUUCACUUCGCAGCCCGGCUUCAGCAAAUUCCCUAUGUAGCAUCCGACCUACGCGUGGGCUCGUCACCCGGACCGGCAUCAUACCCAUAUCAACUACACACGAUGUCAUUGGUCCUAUCGCGCGAAGGAUCAAAGACGUCGCCACAGCUCUGACUGUCAUGGCUACAACAGGCUACGAUGCAGCCGACAACGACACCGCACUUGUCCCAGGUCCCGUUCGCAACAUCGACUACGCUUCCUCGCUCUCCAGCACCUCACUCAAAGGUCUACGCAUCGGCGUAUUGAACGGCUUCUUCAACCGCACCGAAUCAUCCGAAGUCACACCGGUCAACAAUGCCAUGGACUCCGUCAUAUCGCGUCUCACCGCAGAAGGCGUGACACUGAUUCCCGUCAACGAGACCAUCUACAACGCAACCGCCAUCCAAACUGCGUACGAUGUUCAACGCUUCGAGUACCGCGAGCUCAUGGAUCAGUACCUGGCCCGUCCAUCUCUCCAAGGCGAGCACCCUAGCACACUUCACGAACUAUAUUCUCGCAAAGCAAUCAAUGGGUCCGGAGGAGAGUUCCUCGUCAUCCCCUCUCAAUACGAGUAUGUCAACACGGCUCUCAUGUCCUCCACAGGUAACGCUACAUACAACGAUCGCCAAGCCGGGAUCCGCAAUCUCAGGCUUGCGCUUCUCAACACAUUCACUUCGAACGACCUCGACGCAAUUAUCUACCCCGAGCAAAAGAACCUCGUUGUCAAGAUUGGUUCGCCGUCACAGUCUGGUCGCAACGGUAUCUUGGCCGCGUUAACAGGCACGCCGGUUGUGACCGUGCCAGCAGGUUUCUCAGAACCAAGUGACGAGGCGCCGAUUGGCGUACCAAUUGGUAUGGAGAUUCUGGGGAGGCCAUGGGAAGAGGAGAAGCUAUUGGGAAUUGGCUAUGCGGUGGAGCAAUUGUUGAAGGUCAGGAGAAGUCCGGUUUGGGCUAGGGAGAUAAUAGAGGGGAAGAAGUACGAGAGUGUGCCGGUUAUGAAGCCUAACACGGGAAAUGUUCCGGAUGUGUAUCCGUUGGGAACGCUGGAAUAG